UUCUCCUCACAGAUGUCGCUAUUUGUCUAAUUUGUAGCGAUCCAAUCUAUCUAUCUGUCUAAACUGUUUCUAUGGAAAGUAAUAUCGAUUUAAUUUUGAAUCUAUUCAUAACAAGUAGCGUCUUCACAGGUUGCUAAGUAAAUUCGUCGAACAGUAUCGUCGUUUACCGUUAAUAAAAGAUAAUAUCGGGAUGGCAGAAGUCAGUUAUAUUCGAAAUCCUUACCCUCUGCCGGAUCUGUAUCCUCGGGAAGGUGUGUGGACGAAAAAGCCAGUGCUAGGUAGUAAAGUUUCGCCGAACGACCUAGAAUGGAGCAGAAAGUUGAACGUGUACGAGCGUCUGUUUGCGCAUCACACGUUAACAAGUAUAAGAAAAGAUUGCAGACUUCAGAGAAAAGAGGUGCCGGAGGACUCUUUGGAUUUGGCACUCUCAACCGUGUACAUUCAUAGCAAAGACACGCUCGUGCCUAAAUCUUAUAUCCCUGUGCAACCGGAAACGUUAGGGAAGAAAACGUGGCGCGUUUUAAAGAACAAAGUCGAGAUUUACAGAGAGCCGGACAUCCCCGAGGAGUUGAAAGAGCCGGUGACCUUGUACGUGAAAGAAGCGGAGUGUUAUUAUGGCCCGGUGCCAGAGAGACGAGUCCAUCCGAGUAGCGUGAAAUUAAAUAUCACCGCGCCUCACUCGGUCCAAUCCAAUCCCGGAUACAGUCGCAAAAUCGACGGAACUUUUUACACAUUUUGAUAAAAACACGUUACAGAAAACAAUUUUGCUGGAAUGGAAUAUAUUAUUAUUAUUAUAAGGUAAAGUAUCAAUAAUCGACAAAUCCUUCUUCUUUCUUUUUAUGAAAUUAAAAAAAAGAAAAAUUAUUCUACAGACGAGAAGUCUUCGUAUGAAACAAAUACGCACAAUAACAUAAUUAUGGGCCUGAAAUAAUGAAAUUUUACGUAAUACUAUGUGAAUAAAGUAUAACAUAUCGUGUAGUA